AAACCUCACACAGCGCAAGCAGGGUUUUUUUUAUCCGCUUAUAGAGCGGAGAGGAGCUGUCAUCAUGGGAUGUAACGGUAACUAUUUCCCAGGAGUGACAGUUAGUUUGCAAAAUGCACGACGGUGAGCAUUCCCAUACUUUAAGCUGAGUUAUGGAAAGUUAAUAAAAGUUAUGAAAGAAACGCGGCAAGGCUUCGCAAAAACAAGCGGCAACAUAUCUGCAGUUCACUGCAAAAAGAACACAAGAGAGCUUUCCAGCACGUUCGUCGUUGCAAGGACAAUCAGAUGCAUGGUUCUGACCACAGAGUGGACUGGCAGUCGUUGUAGAUGCCUCCUCUUGCUCCUGGAUCAUGAGCAUGGCAGCGGCCUGGCUUCAGUCUGACCUGUCCUGGACUAUCCCAAGCCUUACCGAACAAAAGCGUUUUCCCAGGAAAAUCUACUGAUCAGGAGUGCGUGGAGAGCCAUGCUGUCUGGUAGCUGGCGCCGCUCGUUUGGACACACUCAGCCUGCUGCAGCAGCCGUCGUGAACCCCAGCGGGAUGACAGUAUGCGGGGUCCCCAGUGGUACGGUGGUCCUUGAGGCUCAAUAUGACUACAGCUAUCGGGGCGCAGAUGGGCGGCAAGUUUGCAUAAGGGAGGGCGAGCGCUUUAUUCUUCUGAAGAAGACGAAUGCAGACUGGUGGCAGGUGCGGCGGAUUGGGGCAGCCAGCAAAGCAAAGCCACUGUAUGUCCCUGCCACAUACGUGACGGAGGUGCCGAUCGCUCCAAUUCCAUCACCCCAACGUCUGGUCAUGUCUACCUCGCUGCACCCCAACUUUAGGGUACUUCCUCGUGUGUCACUGUCCCCCAGUCCCACAAAGUCUGCUUGUAAUGAGCAACUCAGAGUGAACAAACCCUACUAUCGCUCUAUGGAGAACCUCAAUUCCAACAGUGCCUUUCAGGGUUCGAACAACAAGUCCAGCAUGGCCAGUUCCCGUUUUCCCACCCUUCCCCUUUCUGGAUUUACAUUUGCUCCCAACUCUCCAAGCUUCCCAACUGCUAAUCCCUCUGCCAAGGAGUCCCCUCCAGUCUCCACACUGCCAUCAAACCCCAGGGUCGUGCCUACAAUCACCCGGAGCCAGAGUUCCAGCAACCUUCCUGAAAACCUGAUGGAAAAUCCUUACGACGAAAUCGGAGGCGGCCUCGGCAAUCACAUUAACCAAAGGAUGCCCAAAAAGUCCUGCAGCCAGUGGGACAUGGUUGAAGCUUCAGGCAAGAGAAACCAUUUGCAGGUUCCGACAGAAGAUUAUCUCUCCCAGUUAUCCUGGCAGGACUCCCCCCUUUAUACUGAAACCCAGCAGGAAAGGCGUAACUCCCAGCUGGAGCCUCCCGUUCCUGAUCCAGGCCAGAAGGCGGUGCAGAUCAUGGACUUAUGGGAACAGUAUUCUGACCUAACCACAGGAAGAUGCUAUUAUGUCAACAGCGUUACUAAGGAAAGGUCAUGGAAACCUCCCCGCCGGUCUCGUGCUCAGAGUUCUAAUAAGGUCACUCCAGGUCAACCUCAGCAUUUUUACCGCGAUGCCAGCCAUCUGUCACUCCCACUCACUGAGACGGGCAAUGGAACAAUGCACAAGCUGUCACCUGACUUCAUCUUUGGAAGGAACAUGGACAGUGGCUGGCAGGUGAACCAGAGCAUGCAACGUGCUGUCUCCUCUGACACGCUGAGCACCAAAGCAUUCGAAGAGCAGCCUCACAAUUUUGCAGGAGUUUAUGACGCCAAGCAGCAGCUGUGCCACUCCCAGUCAAUGAUCCUGCCUGAGAACGGAAAGCUGGUCCACCAAGAUUAUUCCUGCAAUGUGGCCAACAUCAUUGUGGAGCCCCCAUCUCCUGAGAGCUCCCCUGACAGUGAUGGCUGCCCUCCUGAGCUGGAGAAAGCAGGCCUCCUGAACAAGACAAAGAUCGCAGAAGGAGGUAGAAAACUUAGGAAAAAUUGGUGCUCCUCCUGGGUGGUCUUAGUUGGAAACAGUCUGGUUUUCUACAAGGAUCCUAAAUCACAGUCUCCUUCCAGCUGGAAACCAGGAAGCAGUCGUCCAGAAAGCAGUGUGGAUUUAAGAGGAGCGCAGCUGCACUGGGCCAACGAGCUGUCAAGCAAGAAGAAUGUCUUCAAGUUACGAACGGUCACCGGCAACGAGUUCCUGCUGCAGUCAGAGACGGACUCUCUGAUCAGAGAAUGGUACAACACCAUCAAGAAUGUCAUUGACAGGCUGGACCGUGAAAAUCCACUGGACAAUGUGCUCCUGUACACUCUGAGGAGAGCAGGCAGUGUGGAGAUGCUGGACCACAGCGGGGACGAGGAUGAGAGGAGAGCCUCUCUCCCUCGCUCUGCAUCCAACCUGGAGAACACAGAGAAGAAAAGAGUAAGAACCCGGCUGAAGAAGCUGAUUCUAAAAAGACCCCCUCUUCAGGCUUUGCAGGAAAAAGGCCUCAUUAAAGAUCAAGUGUUUGGCUGCAGCCUGGAGAUGCUGUGUGAGCGCGAGAGAUGCACGGUUCCUCGCUUCGUCAGGCUCUGCACUGAGGCUGUGGAGAGGAGAGGCCUGGACACUGAUGGCAUCUACAGAGUGUCUGGGAACCUGGCGGUGAUUCAGAAGCUCCGCUUCCUGGUGAACCACGAGCGAGCAGUGACCACAGACGGCCGCUACAUGUUCCCCACAGAGUUUGUACAAGAAGAAAAGCUGAAUUUGGAUGAGAGUGAGUGGGAAGACAUUCAUGUCAUCACGGGGGCUUUGAAACUUUUCUUCCGGGAGCUUCCUGAGCCUGUUGUGCCCUUCGGUUUCUUUACCGACAUCGUGGAGACGCUCAAGAUGCCAGAUUACGUGGAAAAAGUGGAUCGCAUGAAGUGUCUGGUGCUCAAUAUGCCUCCUCCAAACCACGACACGCUGCAGUUCAUGUGCCAGCAUCUCAGACGGGUGCUGGGGCAUUCAGAUACCAACAGAAUGAACACCCAGAACAUUGGCAUUGUGUUCGGGCCGACACUCAUGCGUCCGGAGCGGGACACCGGGAACAUGGCUGUGAACAUGGUUUUCCAGAACCAGGCAGUGGAGCUCAUCCUCACAGAGUUUGACCACAUCUUCGGAACAAGAGCCCUCUCCUAAUCUUUUUGGACCAGAUUGGAGAGAUGUGCUGCUUCAGUUGCUCCUCGAAGUUCGACAGAAGUGAAAGCAUUGCAACAAUCCCUGUAGACCUAUAAGGAUCAAAGCGGAUUUCACAUUAAAAGAUAAUUACAGGCUCCAAAGAACAUGGAGAGAAAGCUGCUAAUCAUGACAUCUGGUCUCCAUAUAAAGCAACAUUAAAACAAUAAUGUUACAACACGCCAGUUUUAGCAGCAGCACUCAUAUCUUUGAGUGCAGAUGUGGAGCUUGGUCCUGGAGUUUACUCGGCACGGGAAGAAACUCCUCGAUGCUCUAAACUUCAUCACCAGUUGAAUAAAAAGCCAUAAAAAUAUCAAAGGAACUUCUCAAAUCACCUCAGCUAGCUGUCUAAUAUGCAUUUUUUUCAUCAUAAAGGUGUGGGGAAGGUCAUGUCUUACUGUAGCACUGAAAUCCAACUGCACCAUCUCACUGUGAAAACAUCACCAGGACGUCUUCAAGGACAGAUCUCACCUGCAGGGUUUUGUGAGGAUUUCUGCAAAUUGGAAGGAGGGCUGUGAAAACCCUCCGUCAUCGCCACGGACACUGCAGAGGCGGAGAGUUUAGCAAACUUACAAAAGAGGGUGCGCUUUAGUGAGGAGAUGAAUGUGCCAUCAGGUCCGUUUGUGUUGCGUUGCGGUACUGUAAAGACCCUCAGAGCUUUCCUUGUCGUACAAGUUUGAAUCUAUUUUUUAAUCGUGCGAGCUCCUUGCAUUGAGCGGAAAUGAUGAUGUUGUAAAUAUGUGAAGUAGCGUCUCUCUCGACUAGUAGCCGUUUCCAAACAGACUUUAACCUAAGCAAUAAUAUAUGAGUUGAAUUCAAACUGGCACAUUUGCUUUGAGAGGCAAAACCUUGAAGUUGAAAUGUUACUUGGACCUAAUUCUUAACCCCCCCUCCAAUAAAAACACGUGAACCAGC